CGACAGUGAAUUCCCUGUGCAUCACAUCCGCGCUGUUUAUAUCACUAUAUCACCACCAGCAUUUUAAGCUCAGAGUCAUCUCCUUAAACGACUAGCCGAAAUGGCGAGUAUCAGCAACAAGGUCCUUGUUAUCAUCGCCGCCGUUUUUGCGCUCAUAGGAUGGGCGGUAGCUCUUGGCGGCAUCGCAGCGUUGAACGACACCUGCAACAAACAAGUCGAUGAAGCUAAUAGUGGUUAUGGAUCAGGAAGAUAUUCGCACAAGGAUUGCUCUGACCAAUACCGGUACCAAUGGUGGGGAAUCUGGUUCACCUUCUUCUUAACAGUCAUUAUCCUCCUCCUCGAGAUUUUCGGCAAGGCGGAUGCAUGGAGUGUCACAUUACAGGUGUGCAUCGCCAAGUGCAACCUCGCAGCUAUGCGGGACCAUGAGCCUAUCCGACGAAAAAAGCUGAACAUCCGGAUUCUCUUUGCGCAGGUGUUUUGCGCUGCUUGCUUAUCCGUAACCAUGAUCGACGUCAACGCAAUGUACGACGCAGUAACCGAUGCGGCUGAAGCCGCUCUGGCCGGCUUCAUCAUUAUGUCGAUGGCCCUCAUGCUGCUAAUUAUUUUCCUGGGAAUGGGCUCCGCGGGAGUCAAUGUGUCAAUUUCGGUAGGGGCCACGAAGACCUCGCCUUCACCCGCCGCAUCGCAGCCAGCCAAGGGCGUCGACAACGCAUAAUCAACAAUUACUUGGACGGAUGGGAUACAUGGCAACAUGGGGCAGCUACUGCUGGAGCUGGAGCUGGAGCUGCUGGUGCUACAUGGACAGCAACGACGGCGACGACGGCGCAAGGAAUUGGUGCCCACAUACUCGGAGUGACGGAGCCAAGGCUUGCCCCGUCAAUCCACAUGUAGGCCCUGCUGCUUGAUGCGCGGUGCAUGAUGGUGCGAACCUUUAUUUCUACACAAAUGCACAUACCUGAACGGAUAUCCUGAAACGGAUAGCAAUGGUCAUCGUACGUAGUGGUUCAGCGGUUACUUUGUACAAAGGUCUAUUUUGGCUGUUUGGUUGACGGCGGCGACAACCCGGGGGAAUUAGGGCUGCAAGGGGUGUAUAUAAUUUGUCGGCUAAUAAGGAAGGGUCGAUACAUAUACGCUUCGUGUGAAAGCGGUGGGCGGUUGUCAUCCUGCUCAUCGUGGUGAUGGGACCCCGGUGCGCAUCUGCGGUGUAGUAGGUAAUACUAGGCUAGUCGGUAUGAUGGAAAUGGAAAGAAAACCAAGCGAGCGGCUACGCCCGCGGCACCGGCGAUGUCUGACCACGGGGCCAUGGAGGACAAAACCGCGGGGUUGGGGUGGGGCCCCAGACGACAGCGAUGGAUAGCCGAGUGAAACCAGGAAUGGCGUGGCGAACAAAUUGAUGUGUGAAACGAAACGAAAUGAAUGAAUGAAUGUGGGACGAAAACACAAUGAUAAAUGGUUGUGCAACCCCCCGCAGCCCCCAGGGUGCAAUCCAUGAUGAGAUGAGAUUGCAGAGUGGGCAGAGCACGGAAACCCAGGCUAGUACGUCAGAGUGUUCGUAUGGCGCCACACAUGGGACACUCUUACUGCCGUUUACCAUUGUCGGCGUGUUUCUUUGAUCACAAUAAAAUGCGGAUUUGGAUUUUGCUCGUCUUUGGUUUCUGAACUUGCGGCGAAAUAAUGCGCUGAUGCGGGCACACGUCAUUUACUUGGGGAUGUGAAGCCAAAGCAUUGGUUGACUGGCCCGAUGUGUCAUUGCGGGUUGCAAUUGGCAUAUCGGCAAGGUACUGGCACUGAUACUGCUGCUGCUGUUUUUGCGCUUUUAUGUGUGUGUGUGUGUGUGCGUGUGUGUGUGUGUGCCUGUCUGUCUAUCUGUCGCUUGUAUGACACUUGGGACCAAACCAAACCCGAUAAGCAAGUUUUCUUUGCAUCUUGGACCAGGUCAUCCCCGUGGUCUUUUUCGCGCGCGUGCUUCUUGGAAACACUAGUGCUGUGGUAGCUGGCCGCUGAGAAGGCCUCCCGAGAUGCUGGUCAAGCGCUUUGCGCGAAUUUGUAGUUAGUGAGCCGUAUUGUGUACCACCUACUACACCUGCGCGGUCUUGAUGAUGAGACGUGUACAUAGGCACGGAACUGGAGCUAACGAUUUCCAUGGGCGCCGCAAUGCGAAGUCAUUGGUAAUAUAUUGCAAGGUAUCUCGCCUGUAGCCAGGAAAAGUCGUAUGAGCACAAACAAGUUUGGCUGCCUCCAUUGACGGAGGUCAAAGUCCCAUCAACGCCUCUCGGGCUUAAUUUAUAAUCUCAAAAGGUGCCGCGUAUCUCAUAAUUGGAUUCUGAGAUGACGGGGUAUGAUAACUCGAACACCC